CAGUACUCACCCCUCCCACCUACUGGCCGCUUGUAAUCUAUUAAGGGGGGUCAGACAGCUUUCACAAAAUCUUCCUGCCUUAGUUACAGCCCCUCCCCUCCCGCUAGGUCACUUUGCAAAUUUGGAACUAGAAGUGUGGAUUUAUGUUAGCUAAACGUCAGAGGAAUAUGCAGUUUCUGUUGCAUCUGCGUAUUUCAUUGCAGUUGAAUUCGCAGCACAGAAACAUAGGGGAAAGAAAUACACGAAGCAGCCCUGCAGGGUUCAGAUAUGGGCUUGUUUUUAUUCCUGGUUGAGAUUUAAAUAAAUCCUAAAGGACUGCAGGGCUGCACGUAGCUGCAGAUGUCAGUGCUUGAUCUCUGAUCCAUCCUACGCUCUUGUGACAGAAACAGCUUUCCAGGGCCCCUGAAAAACGCUUUUCGUGGCUGCUGGAGAACCCUUGAAGGAAGGGCAGAUGGAGCCAGGACUAGACGCCAGGGGCUAUGAGGAAUGCCGUGUAGCGGAACGGAGCUGUCCCGUGCAGAACGCCAGCGGCUGGGGACAGAUGCACGAUGCGGAGGGCAGAAGACGCCGGGGAGACCGUGCAGCGGCUGGGGGCAGCCAGUACGAGCCCAGCGGCAGCGCGCGGAUGCAAGUGGAAAACAACUAUUGCCAGGCCCGUGCAAGGCGCAGGAGCUGUCGGCGCGGGGCGCGGAGGCGGACGAUGCGCGAGGGAGCUCACUGUGGUGGGCCCGGGGGCGGCUGUGCAAUGGAGGAGCGCCGGGCUCUGCACAAGGUGCAGAGGGGCUGUGUGGUGCACAGUAAUGGAGGAAGGGAGAUAGGCGGGUUCAGGGGAUGCUGACGCGCUUUCCGCAGCUGUCUCCUUCCCAGAGUCAGUCCCGCCCAGUUCCCGCCUCCGCCCGGCUCCAGCCAAUGUUUUUUUCCGCCGCGCAAGAGCGGGGUGUGGGCAGGGGAAGGCGCUGGCUGGGACCCCGGAAUCAGGGGCCGGUGAGUGAGCGGGGCCGGGGUCCAGCGCAGCCUCCCUUUGCGGCGGAGACUCUAGGAAGGGCCCCAUGUUACCACCGAAGAGACUAAUGAAGCAGAAGUCAACUGAAUCUCCUAUGUAAUACUGAAACACGAUGACAUUGGUGCCUGUGGGAUAUGGAAAUCAUGACAGUAUCUAACAUGGUUGAGAAAGACAUGAGUGGACAAUGUGGCCCAGUUUCUGUCGACUACAGGUUUUCUGCAUGAUCCUGACAGUGUUGGCUUUUCUGCUGUUGGUCUACAACUUUCGUCAGUUAGAGCACUUGGAUCACAACACUGUUUCGGCAUUAAAUUGGAUAAAGGAGACCGGUGACCAGCAGUCUUCAUCACCAACAACUAAAACUACCCGAAAGCAGUACUGUGAUUAUGAACAUCAAACUUUGUCCAAAAGAGAACAAGCUGAGGAGGAAUCCUUGUUUGCUGCUAUACAGUGGCCAAAUCCCCCUGUAAGCAAAAUCCCAUUUAUAAGAAGCACUGAUCCUGCCCACAGCAAUUUUGUGAUUGUGAAUUCCCAUGUGCGCUUCAAGGUGGGAGAUCAGUUAGAGGUGCGUGUCCACAUGAAGGAUUUUCAAGGCAAACCAAAGCAGUAUGGUGGAGACUACAUACAGGCGAGAAUUCACUCUCCUCUGCUGAAAGCUGGAGCAACGGGAAGGGUUGUAGAUGAGCAGAACGGGUUUUACAAAGUCUUUUUUACUCUACUUUGGCCAGGGGAGGUCAGAGUAUCUGUGUCUCUGGUCCACCCUAGUGAAGGGAUACAAGUCCUGCAGCGUUUACGGGAAGAAAGGCCAGAUAGAGUCUACUUUAAAAGCUUAUUCAGGUCUGGUAGCACUUCAGAAACCACUGUAUGCAAUGUAUGUUUGCCUGGAGAUCUGCCUGUCUGUAACUUCACAGACCUCUACACUGGUGAACCAUGGUUCUGCUACAAGCCGAGAAAACUGUCCUGUGCCAGCAGAAUCAACCAUGCCAAGGGAGGAUAUCAAAAGGGCCUUCUGACACCUUCUGAGAGUCUCUUUUUCCAAACUGAUGUGAAUAUCAAAGUGCCAGUACUUCCCAGUGGCCCUGAUUCAGUGACUGUAGAACCCUUAGGACUUACAGAAUCAGCCAAUCUGGACAGAUCUCAGGGCCCAGCUGUUUUCCCUUUGGGUUACUAUUACCAAGAUGAGUGGAGGCCAAGAACACAUUGGAUCCGUCAUUUUAACAAGACAGCUGGUAUUAGUGAAUGCUUACAAGGAAAAGUAGUCCACUUCUUUGGCGAUUCUACAAUAAGACAAUGGUUUGAAUAUCUGACCACAUUUGUUCCAGAUCUAGUGGAAUUUAACCUUGGGAGUCCUAAAAACGUAGGUCCUUUUAUGUCUGUGGACCUGAAGCACAAUGUCCUGCUGAAGUUCCGCUGUCAUGGGCCACCCAUUCGCUUUACCACUGUUUUCAGUAGCGAGCUACGCUACAUUGCCAAUGAACUGAAUGGCAUUGUAGGCGGAAGAAACACUGUGAUAGCAAUAACCAUAUGGUCCCACUUCAGCACCUUCCCUGUGGAGGUGUACAUCCGAAGACUGAGGAACAUUCGCAGGUCCAUCAUUCUACUGCUGGAUCGCAGCCCCAAAACGCUGGUGGUCAUCAGAACAGCCAAUGUUCAGGAGCUUGGGCCAGAAGUGAGUCUCUUCAACAGUGACUGGUAUUCCUUUCAGCUUGACACAAUCAUGAGGAAGAUGUUCUCAGGAAUUUCUGUGUCCUUUGUGGAUGCCUGGGAGAUGUCUCUGGCCCACUACUUGCCACACAACUUGCAUCCACAGGACAUCAUUAUUAAGAAUCAGAUAGAUGCAUUCCUGUCUUUCGUUUGUCCUUCAGAAACUUAGCACAAUCGGUGGAGAGGAGCCCCAUGACACACAUAUCAUGUUUUGCUGUAGCAGAACCAAAUCAUUCUCUGUCAGAGCUAUAAAAUGAAGCUACAGGCAAACUAUAUGGUUACUGUUCCCACAUGUGAUCUCAGUUGUUUGGCCAUGGAGACAGAUGACUGCAAGUGGCAGUAAGGAGGAAUGGACUAAUUCUGACCACCUUUAUAUCUUCCUGUAGGGAUGGUUCCCCUUGACCUUGUAAUUUGUCUCAGAUUACUAGGGUGCUCCUUAAAUCAAAACUACAAGACUCACUACAGAACUACUUAAAUUAUUAGCUUUAUUAAUUGUCUGUCUGCACUGCAUGAAUAUUCAUACAGCACUGAUUCAGUUCCCAAAGUCCUUUCUCACCAUCCAGAGUACUGUGUGAAACCUGGGAAGGAUUGUUUGGGAACAGCCUUUCUUUGGUUGUUCCGAAGUUGUAUUGGGUAUCUAGAACAACCAAAUGUGUUUCAUAUUGUGCUUCUGUGAUUGAAGUAAUCCAAAGUCCUAAUCAGGAGUCUAAAGGGAAUGUUCCAAAACCACUGGAUCAGUCCAGGAAGCACAACCUAAAAAGCCUGCAGAAUUAUCAGAAUAUUUAUUGGAUGUGUCGGUAUUGAUACAGCAUAUUAAUCAACCAUCCACAAUGUUUACAGAAUGGCUUCUAAAUAAUACAGAUAGCCAGCACCAGUAGUAGGUAGUUUCUUCAGCAGCAGCAACAACACUGCAAUAACUCAUUGGAAGUUUGAUAUUAAAAUGUUUGUUUUCCCCUCC